UUUAAAGCAGUAGCAUCAUGAGGAAAUAUAACUUAGCAUAUAAGAGUUGGAUUAAUGAUCAAUUCUCCUACAAAAAUACCUUUUCAAAAGAAGUCUUUGAUCUCUAUCAAACACAAGAAUAAUAUAUUCAUCAUGGCCUACAGUACAGAGCAAAUUUGAUUACAGAAAAGUUAAACAGUAUUCAAGGGAUCACAUGUAAAGAGAUUGAAGGAGCCAUGUAUGCUUUUCCUUGAAUCAAGUUGCAUCAAUCUUACUGUGACUUAGCCUACCAAGAAGGAUUAUCUCCAGAUCUCAAAUAUUGACUGGAAAUUCUAGACAAGACAGGAAUCAUGAUAGUUCCUGGAUCAGGAUUCGGACAAAUAGAAGGAACCUACCACUUCAAAAUCACCAACCUCUCAAACUCCAAAUCUGAAAUUACUGAAGCUCUAGACAGAAUCAAAGUGUUUACAUCCGAUUUGAUGUCGCUCUACAAGUAG